CAGUGAACUUUGCGCGUGGGCCAGUCUUCUACCUCUAGUAGUAUUGUCAGUUUCGGUUUCUCGUUUUAAAGUCUUACAAGUAUUACCUCGACCCUUCCGCAAGGUUUGACUACAUCAUAUCCAUGCACCAUCAGGAUCACGCUAUCCCUCAAUCCAACAUGCCUCCUGCUCGUUCCCCCCAAAUCGACCCAGCUUUAUCGCUCUAUCCCCCCUACUACUCAUAUCAGCAACCUCAGCAGCACAUCAACCACCACCUCACUGUCCCUCAGAACUUAUCUUCUCCCUCAUCACAAGGAUCGGACACAAUGGGUACACCCCCAACAGACAACAUGUCUUACUCGCCUGGCAAUUCUAACGGGAAGAGACCUUCCUCUUCCCUAGUCGGUGCGAUGGGCGAGGGCAGCAGAAAAAAAGCACGCUCAGAGGACAGCUUGGAUGGUCAUAGUCCUGCUGCUGACAAGGAUGAGCCGAAGCCAAAAACCACCAGGGGUUCACGCGCGUGUACUGUCUGUCGGCGUCUAAAAAUGAAAUGUGUUGGGGCUGAGCAGGGCCCUCCUUGCAAACGCUGCAUUGCUGGAAAUCACGAGUGCAUAUUUGAAGAGUCCAAUCGAGGCAAACGGUCCACCAAAAAACAUGAACUUCUCACUCGCUCACUGAAGAAGAUGGAGAAAACUCUAGACACUGUUUUAAAGUCCAUCGGUAACCCAAGCAUGGUCUCCGGCAUGGUGUCAAGAUCACCUUCGCCAACAAGCCAAGCUGCACAAACUCAGGCCCUUCUGGCAACUCCAUCGCCUCCUCCCCAGUCUGCUUAUCCACCAUCAUCGAGCGCCAAUGCCUCUGCUUCCCCAAAGCUCCAUUCCCUUCCCGAUAACUCACUUAAUCCUCUCGGGCUGCUCGCCGAGGCAAGCUUGGCAAACCGACGCGCCCAGGGCAUCUCGUCCUCGUUCUCAGCGCGCCCAGCGGAUCCCGAUCCCGAUCAAAAGUUGGGCGUGGCUAGUGAUAAUUAUUUUAGGCCAGGCCCAAUGACAAUACUCCCCCUGCGACGUUUGUAUAUUGAACGGCAGAUUCAGCCCGAGAUGCUGAGCUUUGUUAGCACCGAACAAGUGGUCGCGCUAUUUGAUAUCUUCUUUGACCAUAUGAACUCGCACUGCGAGCUCUUUGAUAGAGAGUUCCACACGCCCUCACUUGUCUGUUCCCGCUCGCCAUUUUUACUCACAACAAUUUGUGCGAUAUCAUCAAAGUAUUACACCCAGCGACCGGAACUUCACCAGCAGCUUGCAGAGCUUGCACAAAAGCUCGCUUUUAGUGUGCCUGCCAAAGGUUACAAGUCCCUUGAAAUCGUGCAGGCGUAUCUCCUCCUCACUCUUUGGGGAUGCGGUGCCGUGGAACGCUAUGAGUAUGACAAGACGUGGUUGUUGCUCGGAAUGGCCAUCAGGAUGGCGACGGACCUAAACUUGCAUAGGAAGACAACGAUGACCAGCCAAGACACACCAGAAGGUCGGGCUCGGGAUAAGGAGGUCCACAACCGCGAGCGAACGUGGCUUUUAUGCUUUGCUCUUGACAGGAGCGUGAGCUCCCAAAUGGGGAAGCCUCAUUCUAUCAAAGAGGACUUCGUAAUCCGUAAUGCACUGCAGUGGUUGAAGUCCCCCGUCGGACAGCCAGGUGACACUGCUUUAGCGGCAUACGUUGAAUUGCAGCGGAUUGUAUCCAGGAGCCUAGACUUCCUGUAUUCGGGCACUAAUACCCCGUCUGGUUUACAAACCGACUGCGAUUACUUAAUCAUCAUUAAAACCAUCGAGACCCAGAUACUUGCAUGGCAACAUGAAUGGACGACUGCUCGACCUUUGCCAACUACCGAUCAAGUUGUGGUGUCCCAAUCCCAAACGGCGAUGAAGUUUUACUUCCACUAUUAUAUGCUGGUCGUGAACUCUUUUGGGCUGCAGAACGCCUUGGAGCGUUCGGCAGUGGAUAUCGGCCACUUCUUUUCGCGGUGUUAUACCUCGGCUAAGGCAGUGGCUAUUAUCGCGAAAGAAGAGCUUGGGCCCAUGGGUAUGCUGAAGUAUUCGCCGGAUUCACAUUUCGUAUACAUCUCUUACGCGGUACUCAGUUUGCUCAAGCUGAUUCGCUCUGAGUUCCAACAGUUCAUCGAGAACGAGCAACAUAUCAUCGACCUUGUUAAGGACGUUGCGAACGUCCUCGCAGAGGUCGCCGUGAACUCCCAUCAUGCCCCAGCUCUUUACAGCACAUUCCUGCGGGCCCUGAUCACCGCUCGCACAGAUACACCACAAGAACCUGAAGACGUGUCAUCCGGGGACCAAUCUGAUAACAUGAGCCAUGCCUCCAUGGCCAACAACAACAUGAACAAUUCCGCACUCUUCGGUGGUAACCCAGCGAUGGGAAUAAAUGGCACUAACGGCAUGAGCGAUUUCUCGUUCGCGAGUGAGAUGGGUCCUGUUGCGGAUAUCUCGACUUUCCCUCCCACUAUGGCUGAUAUGCCAUCUUCCGACGAACAUAUGGGUAUGCUUUCUAUGGAGAACAUACUCAGCAACGGAUUCUGGGACAGUGUGUUGGUGCCUGGUUAUUCAGAUACUAUGGAAGGCCUGAGCGGCGGCUUCGUGUUCGGAGCUGGAGGUAGUGGACUCAUCACCCCCGGCUGGCUCCCCUCCCCCAUCCCAUCCGGCCAGAACACCCCGAUGCGACAGUCGACCAUGGACUUCACCCAACAAAAUCUAGUCUCUGUAUUCCAACAACGAAAGUAAUUAAAUGCCGCGCAUCGUGUUUCAUGUUCAUGUUUCACCUUUUUUUGUCUUAUAUGUU